UUCGUCAACAGAGAUGACUAUCGAACUUACGGAGUAAAUUUACAUGUUUAUGGAUAGACAUCGAUGUGUUGACACUGAUUAAAUGGUGAUUAUCUCGUGUGUAGUUGUUGCUUGAUUGGUUGAAAUGGAUGACGAUAUAAAUGAAGGUGUGGAUCCUGAUAUUUUGGAGACGGAUGGAAAGCAGUUUGCAUAUCUAGCUGUUGAGUAUGAUAAAACAGGCAAUUACCCCAUGGCCGUGUUUUAUUAUAAUGAGGCGGCCCAGGCGUUAUUAUCAGCAGCUCUGGCAGGUUCCAAGUUACCAAACAUCACCAACAAAGCUAACGAGUAUAUACUGAGAGCAGAGGAACUCAAAAGAGCCUUAAACUCGGGGAGUGUACAGACACAGCAGACAGAACACAAGUCGGAGGAGAAACUGAACCUGGAACGAGGGAACUUCCUUCUCCACCAGGCGUUCGAUGAAGACGAGGCGGGAAAUCUCCCCGAGGCCAAGGAUCUCUACACAGAGGCUGUGGAAGUCUUCCUCAAAAUCAGAGACAGCACCACAGACAAGGGAUUACAAGACAAGAUGACAAAAGUGGCCUCACAGGCUUUAGACAGGGCUGAAGCUUUAAAGAAAAAACUCUCAGCACCACCUGGUGGGGUAAAGCCCCUCCCUCCCCUCAACAAGGCCGGGGAGUACAAACCACCACCCCUGGGGUAUGGGGCAUUUCUAGACGAGGAGGACAAAGUCUCUAUUCCUGGAGGAAAACCUGCCCCAACCAAUGCCCCCAGAAAAGCUGGUCAUCUUAUCAACCUAGGUCCCUCUGUGUAUACUAAAGAAGAAAUAGAAGUACUCAGGAAGACGUCUUUUAUCAAUGGCAGAGAGUAUGUCCCAUUUAUGAGUGUCGACAUGAAAGAGAAAUUUGCCUACCCCGUGCCAUUUAGUGACAAGUGUGGAAAGCUUGCUCUCUCUCCAAAGCAGCGAUCAAACUUCAGGGAAUGGGUACGACCCGAGCAAUUCUGUGAUAACCCACAAAUUAUCUACGCUGUGUCUUGUUACAGCAUAAAACAGACCAUUGUAUCUGACUGUAGUUUCGUUUCAUCUCUAGCCAUCAGUGCUCAGUAUGAAAGGAGAUUUAAGAAAAAACUCAUAACCAGCAUUAUUUACCCUCAGAACAGGAAUGGAGACCCUGUAUACAAUCCGUGUGGAAAGUACAUGGUGAAACUCAACAUAAAUGGAGUUCCCAGAAAGGUGAUCAUUGAUGACUUUUUCCCUAUGGGACGGGACGGAGAACUACUAUGUUCAUUCUCAAACAACAGGAACGAGUUGUGGAUCUCUCUCCUGGAGAAAGCUUACAUGAAAGUGAUGGGUGGAUACGAUUUCCCAGGAUCCAACUCUAAUAUUGACCUUCAUGCACUGACAGGAUGGAUUCCUGAGAGAGUGGCCAUUAAACGUAAUUCUGAUGAUUUUGACAAAGACAAAGAAUUUAAACGGAUCCACGACAGAUUUCAUAAAGGACACUGCUUAAUUACCAUAGCAACAGGUGAUCUACAUGAAGCAGAGGCUGAUCGUGCCGGCCUGGUACCAACUCAUGCUUACGCAAUGUUGGACAUUCGGGAAGUGAAAGGGAGAAAACUCUUUAUGUUAAAAAAUCCUUGGAGCCACUUAAGGUGGAAGGGACAUUUUUCUGAGAAUGAUUCUGUGAAUUGGACUCCAGAGUUACAGAAACUGUUAAACUAUGAUCCCAAAAGUGCUCAGCAAUAUGACAAUGGGGUGUUUUGGAUUGACUAUGAAUCAUUAUGCAGAUUUUUUGAUGUCAUAUACAUAAACUGGAAUCCAGAGUUAUUUAAAUAUACAACAUGUACUCACAGUACUUGGGCAGCUAAAGAGGGACCCAGGCGGGACUCUUAUAACAUCAGUGAUAAUCCACAAUACCGGCUAGAAAUCCAAGCCAGUCAGCCUGCAGCUGUCUGGAUUCUACUGACCAGACACAUCACAGACAAGGAUGAUUUUGCUGACAAUAAGGAGUUUAUUACACUGCUGGUUUACAAAUCUGAGGGAAAAAAGGUCUACUACCCCUACAGUCCCCCUCCUUAUAAAGAUGGCGUCCGAAUCAACACCCCACACUAUCUCUGUAAGAUGGUGGAGGAGAAGGGAACCAGACAAUUUACACUGGUUAUCUCACAGUACGAAAAAAACAACACCAUACACUACACGAUACGGGUCUUCUCCUCCUGUGAAUUCAGCCUGACUAAGAUUGUUGACCCUUACAAGAAACAGUAUGAAAAAAGGAUGAAUGGUCAGUGGAAGGGAUGUACUGCUGGAGGCUGCGGGAAUUACAGGGACAGUCACCCAAAUAACCCAAUCUACCAGAUCAGACUGGACAAUAACCAGACAGACAACUGUAUACUGCUGGAGCUCCUAGGGCCAAAACAGUAUAGUGUUGGCUUUGAGGUGACAUGUGUAUCUGAAAAUGUGCCAGGGGCACCAGGUCAAUUCAAGAGAACCAGUUCAGGAGAUUACAGGAAUGGUUAUUGUGUACUGCAGUUAGACAGAAUCUCAGGAGGGAUCUAUAACAUCAUGCCGAGUACAUUUCUGCCCGGUCAGGAGGGGCCAUUCUUUCUGGACAUCAGCAGCUCUAGUCCCGUAACUGUCGUCCAGAUACAGUAGAACUAGUGUGAAUAUGUGCUGUUUUAAUUUGGAAGGGGGGGGGGGGGGAUAAGAGGAAUAUAUUUCAGCUAUGCAUCAUUUGUUUGUUAUCAGUUUGUCCUUUACCUGAAACAGAGACAGCAAUACAUAUUUUGACUUAAAUAUAUAUAUACACUGCAUAAGUAAUUAGUGGAUCAGGGAGGGAUCAAUUUGAACUACAUCUGGAUCCAUUAAAAGAUUCACUCCUAUUUUAAACUUGACUUUUGUGGUGUAUUUUAACUGUAGGUAGAGGUGGGGAUAUUGUACUGGCUUAAUGGGAAUCGUUACAGACAUAAAUAUUUCCAUGUAUGAUCAACAUAUUGUACAGUAGUGCAGCUGUACUAGUGGAUGUUAUUUCUUCUGAAUAUUCCUUAGUCUGUCAAAUAAUUUGUGAUAAAUAUGAAAUUGUACAUUGUAUUUAUAUUUUCUACAAUAAAUGUUGCUAAAAGUUUUACAGUUAA